UAUCAUUUCAGAUUAGGACGCAAAAGGGGAGCCGGCGAGCAGCGGAGAUAAGCCUCCUAAAAAAAAAAAGUGUAAAUAAUGCCUCUCCGGCCCCAAUGAGGCGUUCCUUCUCGACUUUUUUGGAUCAAUCAAACAGACAGUGGCUUCUUUUGAUUAAAGCCCAAAUUGUCAUUGGGCAGAGGCAAUCAUGUGACAGCCAAUUCGGUCCAAUUUCAACCUUGUCUCCAUGAAUUCAAUAGUUUAAUAGUAGCACGGUCCCCAUACGGCUGUAAUCAGUGAAUUAGAAAAAAAACACCCCACGAGCGAUCUUCUAUGAUUUUUUUCUCCCUUCUUUCUGUCUCCCCCUUUUUCUUUCUCUCUCUCUCUCUCUCUCUCGGUUUCCCCCCCCCUUCCCCUUCCUGGGCCUUGCUCCCCCCUCCCCCUCCCAGAAGCGCUAAAUAAGAGGGAACUUUUUCUCCAAGGGGGCUGCGAGUUGAAGGCCAUGAAUUUCGAAUUUGAGCGAGAGAUUGGCUUUAUCAAUAGUCAGCCAUCGCUCGCUGAGUGCCUGACAUCUUUUCCCCCUGUCGGUGAUACAUUUCAAAGUUCAUCAAUCAAGAACUCGGCGCUUUCACACUCGACACUGAUUCCUCCUCCUUUUGAGCAGACCAUCCCCAGCCUGAAACCGGGCAGCCACCCUCGCCACAGCAGCGGCAGCCGCCCCAAGCACAGCCCCAAUGGCAACAGCGGCAGCCCAGUGCCAGCCGGCACCCUCCAGCCUCCGGAGUACCCCUGGAUGAAAGAGAAAAAGACGUCCAAGAAAACCGCCCUGCCGCCGCCUGCUUCGGCCUCCGCCCCUGGACCAGCUUGCCUGAGCCACAAAGAAUCUCUGGAGAUCUCAGAAAAUGGUAAUGGGGGCUCCAGGAGACUAAGAACUGCGUAUACCAACACACAGCUUUUGGAGCUGGAGAAGGAAUUUCAUUUCAACAAGUACCUCUGUAGACCAAGGAGGGUGGAGAUCGCCGCUCUUCUAGAUCUGACGGAGAGGCAAGUCAAAGUCUGGUUUCAAAACAGGCGGAUGAAGCACAAGAGGCAGACCCAAUGCAAGGAGAAUCAGAACAGCGAAGGGAAAUGUAAAGGCUUGGAGGACCCCGAAAAAGCCGAAGAGGAGGAGGAAGAGGAGGAAGAAGAGGAGGAAGAGGAGAAAUCUCUUUUUGAGCAAGCCCUCAACAAUGUCUCGGGCGCGCUUUUAGACAGGGAAAGCUACCCUUUUCAACAGAACGCCCUGGCUCAGCCGCAGGCACCUCCAAGCCUCCACAAUGGAGAGUCCCAAACUUUUCCAGUUUCGCCUUUAACCAGCAAUGAGAAAAAUCUCAAACAUUUUCAGCACCAGUCACCCACUGUUCCCAAUUGCCUCUCAACAAUGGGCCAGAACUGUGCAGCUGCCCUGAACAAUGGCAGCCCGGAGGCCCUGGAAGUCCCUUCUUUGCAGGACUUCAGCGUUUUCUCUGCAGAUUCCUGCCUACAGCUUUCUGACGCUGCUGUCUCCCCCAGUUUGCCAGGAUCCCUCGACAGUCCUGUAGAUAUUUCAGCCGACAGCUUUGAUUUUUUCUCAGAUACGCUCACCACAAUUGACUUACAGCACCUGAAUUACUGAGAAAGCACAGACCUUCAUGUGCCAAGGGUUAUAUACCUUCUUUUUUUUCUUUUUGCCCCCCCCUUCUCCUUAAUUUUUAUUUUCCCUCCCCUCUUUGAUCUGAUUUCUUUCUCUUUGUCUGUUAGUAUUUUCGGUUAUCCUAUCUGAUGUUGGAGAACUACUUUGCCAUUUCCCUAUGGCAUUUUAGUUUAACCUAGUCACAUACUAGGUCCUUCUAUGAAAGCAAUAUAUAUGGCCUGUAAGAAAGUGAUCAUAUCAAAUUUGUAUCUUCACUUUCUUUUUAUUUUUGUAUUACAGU